CGCGCUCGCUAAGAGGUCAAUGAAUUGGCAGGGGCUGGGCGAGAGGGACGCCUCUGCGUGUUGGGAUCCCUGUCCCUCCAGCCGGCUUGGGCGAAAGAUGCGGCUGCCCAAAGCCGGGAGGACGGCGGCUUGAGAGCGGGACCCUUCCCGAGGAAUGACCAGGGGGCGUGCGAGCGCCGGAGGAGGAUGGAAAUCCUGUAUGAAUGUGGAAGCCAUUAGCAGAGUAAUUGCUGUCUGUUACCAUGACAACCAGCCGCUGCAGUCACCUGCCCGAAGUCUUACCAGACUGCACCAGCCCAGCCACUCCUGUGGUAAAGACUGUGGAGGACUGUAGCAGUCUUGUGAAUGGACAGCCGCAGUAUGUCAUGCAAGUUUCGGCCAAGGACGGACAGCUGCUAUCAACUGUAGUACGGACUCUUGCCACGCAGAGUCCUUUCAAUGACCGACCAAUGUGCAGGAUUUGCCACGAGGGCAGCAGUCAAGAAGACCUGCUUUCUCCUUGUGAAUGUACUGGAACCUUGGGGACUAUUCAUCGCAGCUGCCUGGAACACUGGCUCUCAUCUUCAAAUACCAAUUACUGUGAACUUUGCCACUUCAAGUUUACAGUAGAGCGCAAACCAAGGCCAUUGGUCGAGGUAUCCUUUAGGUAUCACUGUAGAUUAUACAAUGAAUGGCGUCGGACCAAUCAAAGAGUUAUCCUUCUCAUCCCAAAGUCUGUCAGCAUCCCUUCUACCCAGCAAUCCUUGCUGGGCCUGCAUUCAGUCAAAAGGAACUCAAAAGAGACCAUUGUCUAAUUGUCAUAAUCUUUUCCACGGGCCACGAACUGCAUAUGGGUAGCAUCAUAGUUGGAAAGACACUUUUUGUAGAUAAAAAGACAUGACUGUUGCAAUUUAAAUCAUGGAUGCUGCAAUCAUAUGAUAUUUGCUAAGCUGCCAAACAUGUCUAAAAUUUAGCAGAUACUGUAUGGAAUUUUCCAACACAUGUUGAUAGCUGCAUCACUAGGGAUGCAACUCUUUUCUAAUUGUGAUUAAAAACUAUGAU